CAAUGGCUCCCACCAACGUUCUCGCUAUGUUCCGCCCUGCUCAGGUCCAGGAAUUUAAAGAGGCCUUUGCUCUGAUCGACGUCAACAGGGACGGCAUCAUACAGGUUGAUGACCUGAAGAGUAUCUACGCCAACCUGGGAAAGGUUCCAUCUGACGCCGAACUGCAGGAGAUGCUGAAGGAAGCCCCUGGUCCACUCAACUUCACCACCUUCCUCAACAUGUUCGGGGAGAAGAUGGGAGGUACUGAUUCUGAAGAGACAAUCAAGAAUGCUUUCGCUAUGUUUGACGAAGAUGGAAAGGGAACCCUCCCUGAGGACUACAUCAAGGAUCUCCUGCAAAACAUGGGAGAUAACUUUACCCAAGAUGAGAUCAAAAUGACAUGGAAGGAAGCACCUAUUACUAAGGGUCAGUUCAACUACGUGGCCUUCACCGGGAAAUUGAAGGGCAAACAGGACGAGGAGGAGAUGAAGGCAUAAACCUUGACCUUAUAUAUAACCUUGACCUACAUGAGCCUUACACGUAACUUUGACCUACGUCUUAGUGUCGUUGCCAAUGCAUACUAAUCGUAAAGCACAUUACUGUGAAGUGUAACUGUGUCGAUACGUAACGUCAAUGUGUACAUACGACGUAUUAUUGAACAUUGAAUUUAUCUAGUCUUCUGAAUUUUUUAAAGAACAAUGAUAUCAGACAAAUUACAGUGUGGAUGAUUGUCAAGUGAACG